AUGCAGAUUUUAUUGGUUUGGUUUUGUGUAAGAAUGUGGUAUCAGCAGGACGGUGCCAUAUUAAAUGAACCAGAAAAUAAACGACAGUCGGCUGUUUGGGUGUUCCAAGUCGUCCGUUCUCGAAGUGUUUCGAAAAAGAUGGUCGCGACAUUUGUGUCAAAAGCGGGUCAUAUUGCAACAAUUCCUCUUAAUGAGCAAAGAACUGUACACCAAGACAAUGCAAGCUUGCACACAGCCCAAAAAACAAGGCAGUAUUUAACGGAAGAAAACGUGGAAUCAUUGGACCAUCCUCCAUAUAAUCCCGAUCUAAGUCUUAAAGAUUUCUUUACUUUCUCGAAAAUUAAAAAUAGACUGCGUGGUCAAAGGUUCCAGUCACCAGAAGGAGCAGUUGACGCAUUCAAAAAUUCCGUUUUGGAUCUGCCAGCAAACGAGUGGAAUAAGUGCUUCGAAAAUUGGUUCGAGCGCAUGCAGAUGUGUAUUAAUCUUCGUGGAGAAUACUUCAAAAAACAAUAA